UCAACGUUACAGCUCCAGCGCAUUGCCCACGAGAACCUUGGGUUGGGUACUUGGAAAAGAACAGAUGAGCAAAUCCCGGUGACCAAUAAGGGCGAUAUCCUCGGGGUGUUUGACACUACCGACCGGAAACAUGCUCGUCUGGUGAAGCCA